AUGACCGUGCAGUUUAGGUCAAAUGGAACCAUCCAGAAAGCUGGUAGACAACUAUGUAAGGAUAAGAAAUGUGGCUUUGAGAUGAUUUUACGCGUCAGCAACGAAUCUUGUGGAGGAAUCAUCACUGAUCAAGAGGGUCAGUUGACAACUCCAGGGUAUCCAGGCCGAUUGCUGCCGCAUGUCAAGUGUGAAUGGGAGUUGCGUGCAGGCAUCGGUUACCGUUAUCUGCUAUCUUUCGAAUUCCUGGAAAAUCGAGAUGUGGGUAACGAAAUUUGCAAGCUAGGUUUUUACCAAAAGAGAUUUGGUGGCGAAACAGAUGGCAAGGGAUGCUUUGCAGAUUUGGUGUUUUUCAAUGGUAAACCAAAACAUGAAGCCAUAAACUAUCGCAAUGAUCGACUAUUCUGCGAUUAUAGAAAAACAUUUGUGAGCGAAGCUGAUCUGUUGACUGUUAUGUAA